CAUCUCAUCAGAACUCUAUCUCGCUUUGCACCUUUUCCCCUUACCGGCUAAAGCCUAAAACAAUUAAUCAUCCCACUAUAGACGGGAAUCCUCACAUCAGCAUCGCAAGUCACCGACACGGGACACCAUACAACGACAAUGGAUUUCAUUGAGUAUGCGUCGAGUCCGGCAAUCCAGGUCUUCGCGGUCAUUGGGCUCGUGUACAUCUCCGCGAAGAUUCUGAGCUACCUUCGCCUGCUAGGUGACCUGUUUAUCCUCCCAGGAACUUCCCUACGAACGUUCGGACCCAAAGGCAGCUGGGCAGUUAUCACCGGAGCCUCCGACGGCAUCGGCAAAGAAUUCGCCAACCAGCUCGCCAAAGCCGGCUUCAACGUCUUCCUCGUCUCUCGUACCAAAUCCAAGCUCGACGACCUGGCCACCGACAUCGCUCGCACCUAUAAUGUCCAAACCGCUACUCUCGCCAUCGACUUCUCGGCUGCCACCGACGCCGACUACCGCGCACUCGCCGCCCAAGCCGCUCCCCUCGACGUCGCCAUCCUCGUCAACAAUGUCGGCCAAUCCCACUCCAUCCCCGUCCCCUUCAUUGAGACCGAUCGCGACGAACUAGAGAACAUCAUCAACAUCAACUGCCACGCCACCCUCCGCGUCACCCAGGCCCUCACCCCUGCCAUGGUCCAGCGCAAACGCGGCCUCAUCCUCACCAUGGCGUCGUUCGCCGGCGUCUUCCCCACCCCGCUCCUCGCCACCUACUCCGGUAGCAAAGCGUUCCUUCAAGCGUGGUCGGCCGCGCUGGGCGCCGAGCUGGCCCCGGCCGGCGUGACGGUGCAGUGCGUGCAGAGCCACCUGGUGGUGAGCGCGAUGUCGAAGCUGCGGCGGACGACGAUGAUGGUGCCGAGCACGCGGACGUUUGUGCGCGCGACGUUGCGGAGCAUCGGGAGGGCAGGGGGGAGCCAGGGGUCGGCGUAUCAGAUGACGCCAUAUUGGAGCCAUGCGGUGAUGCAGUGGGGGAUUGAGACUUUGGUAGGGGCGAGGAGUGGGGUGGUGUUGGCGCAGAAUAAGACGAUGCAUGAGGCGGUGAGGAAGAGGGCGCUGAGGAAGAGGGAGAGGGAGGCGAAGAAGCAGUGAAGGUGUUGGACAACUGUAUGCUUGUAUGGGCAUAUUAUAUUGUACAGGUUGGGUGAACUCAUUCAUCACUAUGAGUGAAUAGUGUUUGAAAUGUAUAAAUGAAAAGUCUAUUGUAAUUCAUAACCUAUUGUCGCUCAUCUAACU